AUGGAUUAUACUUGCUUAUGCGUAAUGGAACCACGUGAAAAGAUACGGCGCAUCAUUCAUUCAUUAGCAACCGACGUGCUCAUUUCUACAAGGCGCAAAGAGCAACACAUCCUCGGGAAAGUUCCAAAAGUUGGUUUUGGUAUAGCGGUAUCGAGCGGUCGGGAGAAUCCGAAUUUUACAUCGGGUGAUCCGGCGGUAAUCGUCAGUGACGUCAUUCCAACUGGUCCUGCUUGGGGACUUGUUCAGGUGAACGAUUGCAUAUUGUCGGCAAACGGUGUGGCACUUGAAAGUGCCGAUUACGCGGAAGCAAUAAAGAUUAUGAAAGAAUCACAACAAUUAAAUAUGAUUGUGAAACGACGAGUACCGGUGCCGCUUAUCGAAUAUGAACAACGUACGCUGAAGUUCACCUUAUCAAAGUCUCGAAAAAAGGAAGAUUUUGGUAUUAUCCUUGGUUGUAAAUUUUACAUCAAAGAGAUCACAAAUCGUAAGCUAGCUGAAAAAGAUCCCGGUUUACGUGAAGGUGAUACAGUACUUAGGAUAAAUGGUCAAUCUGUAGAUGGUAUUACAAUUGAGGAAGCAACUAAAUGGCUUUCAAAAAGUCGUGAAAAACUUUCUCUUGUUGUUCAAAGGGAUGUACGACGGGAAAGUAGCAGAUGGCCGAGUCAGAAUACAGUUUAUGAACGAUUAGGUUCGGUAUCGGGAACACCGCGACAUAGUCCUUCACCGAUGCAUAAUUUACACCAAUCUUUAGCACCAAGAUCAUCACUCGAGUAUGUUAAUACAUCAGGAAUGUCGAACACCAGAUGGUCACAGAGUGAACGGCGAUCAAUUGACUAUGGAGAUUUUCAUCGGAGGAAUGGAAGCAUUGCAAACAGUCAAAGUAGUCAAGGUGAUUGCAGCAUCAGAACAGUUCGCUUUCGAAAAAUUGGAGGUAGUUUGGGAGUUCGUGUAAUCGGUGGAAAUCAGGUUGGUAUCUUUGUAUCAGCUGUUCAAGAAGAUUCACCUGCUGCAAUACAUUCUAUCAGGUCGGGUGAUCGAAUUUUAUCCGUUAAUGAGAAAUCGAUGAUUGGAGUUACGCGAGAGGAGGCUGUUCGUCAUUUGCUGGCACUGCAGGAUGAUGUAAUCAUCAAAGUGGAACAUGCAGCAGCGGAUUUUGAAAGGAUUAGAAGUGGGCCAUUAGGAGAUAACUUUUAUAUAAGAACCCAUUUUGCCCAUCAGAAAUCGUCCAAUCAAUUGGAAUUAUCAUUUCAUAACGGGGAUAUUUUUCAUAUUACUGAUACUCUUUUUGGUGGAACGGUUGGAUUUUGGCAAGCUACACGUGUAUACUCUGCUGCUGAGAAUGGAAAUUAUGCUCAAAAUGACAACAAUAAAGGUGUUAUACCAAAUUCCGAAACAGCUGAGAAGUUGGCGAAGGUAGCACGUGCUGACACAUCAACAUUUGGUCGUUCUACUUUCUUCCGCCGAAAACUGAAGGAACGGCGAACGAAAUCAUUGACAAAGAAUGUAGUCGAUGAUGUAACCUUUGAGAACACUUGUGAUAUGGCCUUUCCUGCCUAUGAACGGGUCACACUGAGGCAUCCACAGUUCCAGAGACCUUUGGUACUUUUUGGUCCGUUGGCAGAUAUUGCUCGACAACGAUUGUUGGCCAAUUUUUCUCUUCGUUUUGCAGGCGUUAUUGAUGAAAGUAUCGUACGAUUGAGUGCGAUCGAUGCUGUUAUUGCCUCAAAUAAGCACUGUGUACUGGACGUUAGUCCAGGAUCAGUGGAACGUCUGCAGCUUGCGCAGUAUGCACCUAUUGUUAUUUUCAUUGAUGUUGAAAGUCGAAGUAGAAUACGUGAACUUAGAAAUAAGGCUGGAGCUUCUGCUAUUUCGUCCAAAAAACUCGUUGAACAAGCGCACAAAAUUAAGAAGCAUUAUUCGUAUCUUUUGACGGCAACGUUAGACGCAACGAAAGAAGAUGGAUGGUUUGAAGCUUUGUUGCAACUGAUAGCUCAUUUGCAAGAUCGUCGAGUGUGGAUGCCAGAAUUUCGACCUCUUACAAAUUUGAAUGAUGUGAUAUUGCUGCCUAUGCAUAGCUUCCAAAAUCAGAGUGAUUCCGAUUUAGACUCAUUGAAAGGGGAUUAUUCAACCAGUGAAUAUUUCACAAGGUCACAGUUACAACUGGAAAAUAGCGAUCCUCUUGUGAAAUCUAACUUCGAUCCUCAGCGAAGUGGCUGUUAUGACACACAAUAUCCACGAUCAAUUCGACCAGUUCAAUCACAUCUAUCAAACUAUCCACCGCCACCAUCACCUGCUAUUGGUUCUCCUUCUGUUGCUACUGCUACUGCUACUGCUGCAGGAAUGUUAGCACCAAGAAGCAAUUUCUAUCAUAACAUCCAUCCUUGUGAGCUUUUGUCACAAUAUUCCUCACGUGUGCAACUUACAUCUUCAUCUGUUAACCCAGUUGCACAACAGUCACCCAUUCAUCGUAACUGCUACUUUGAUAUGGCACCUACAGCUAUGGUACCAUGGGCUACAUUACCCCGUCAACAUAAUAGUCACGGUGUGGAUACUUUACCAACAACGGCAAAUGAUUUGCCUAAUUUGACCAUCACUAAUAGCUCUAAUCGGUCCGCAGACCAAUCACUAACAAAAUCUGGCGUAUCUCAAUUAACCGCUAUGCAACAACAGUCGCCUAUUCCUCAACGACAACAACGACAACGAAACAUUAUACAGCCUGGUUCGCCGCAUCUCAUACGUAGCGCUCAAAAGUUACCUGUUAAAGUAUCGCCACCGCGAUCACCCAUCAGUUUUCCGGGAUGCCAAACUGUAACAGUACGUGGCGCUACCACAUCUUCGGCGGUAUCAGCUAGUAAUAGUAGCGAUAAUAGUACUACAACGACUACAAACGUUAUUGCAGACAUUAGCAACAACCGUCGGGUCAAUCAUGCUACUACUUCUGGAACUGCAAACUUCAAUACUGUCUCUGCUGUACCAAUGCAAGCUGGCUUCAGUGAUGUGAAACAGGUUUCAAAACGGUGUAAUCUCACUUACAUUAUAAUCGAAAAUGCCAAUUAUCCAGUUGGUGAUAUACAGGAAAUUAUGCGGAGUCAUUUCGAGAACAUUGACAAUUCAUCGUCAUAUGGUGCCAACAACUCCAUAAUUGGUGGUCGGGAUACAAUGACACAUUCAGGGCGAGCAGGAUUGUUUUAUGACCAUUUGGCAAGAGAACGAUGGGCUAAUAAUCAAAUUGAAAAAAGGCAAAAUGUGCCAUCUCAGAUUUUGCAUGAUAAUUCAGCUUUUCAUACUCCAAACGCUACGGCAUCACCAUUGCCCAGUGAAAGUUCGAUGGUGAUGAGUGAUAAUAAUAAACCGACGCAGAACAUUGAUGAUAACAGUUCAGUCCUGCGGUUGUCGCGUGCAUCUCCAACAAACGAUUUAAACGCUUUAGUGGAUUGCAUCACUAGUGGAGGUAAUGGUACCACAAAGGAAACCAUUAAAAGUGUGGAUUCUAAUGCUACAGUUAUUGAGCACGCGACAGGAAUGAUAGAUAUCCGCGGCGGGAGGUUGAGUUGUCCGAAAACCGGCGUUUCAUUGAUCAUUCCCGAGGGAGCAAUUAGUGAGGGCAUUCAACAAGAAAUCUACGUGAAAGUUUGUCGAGCAAGUGAUGCCGGAAAUCGACCACCACUUGAUGAAAGCCGCGGUGAAAGUUUAAUGAGUCCUUUGGUAAUGUGUGGGCCUCAGGAUUUACAGUUCAAUGUUCCGGUAGAAUUGCGAUUACCCCAUUCCGUGUCAAGUAGUAGUGAGAAUUGGUCACUGGCUUUAAAAUCUGGUACUGGACAGCAGUGGGAUCAAGUAGCAUUGGAUAAAAACGCUUCAUCGGUCGUAACAGACCAUUUUGUUUCCAUUAAAAUCAGUCAUUUCUAA